GAGAGAGACUCCAAAGCUCUAAAGCACGCUUUAAUUAGCCCGACCACCUGCCCUCAAUCACGACACGCAAACACAUCGCCAGGUCAUUAAGCCUUUGAUGGUAUCAUUGACAGGAGACAUCAUUACAAGUGAAGUUCUUUUUCUUUUUUUUUCCUCUCUCUUCCUGGUUCCCUUUUCCCAUUGUGAGUGUCUGCAGGGAGCUAAUUACAGGUAUGGCCUCAUAAGCUGCUGAUUGUAGCUGUCAAUACCACAGCAGAGAGCCCGCCUCCCCUGUGAACCAGCUACAGUGACUGACAGGCUGAAGGAAGCCUGGCUCAUCCCUGCCAGAUCACGGAACAUUCACAGAUCACGGAACAUUCACAGAUCACGGAACAUUCACAGAUCACGGAACAUUCACAGAUCACGGAACCUUACGGAGUUCCGUCUCCAUAGACGGGUGCUUCCAGGCUGGGUGCAAGAGAAGUUCUGGUGGUUUAAUGCCUUCGAAUUGUCCUUGGCAGGGAUUUCAAAUCCUUGGUGAGAUGAUGCUAGCAAAAUAAAAGUAGGGUAGACUGCAGCGCUGAAUCUAAUCUCAGAAAGGAUCGGUAUCUUUUGCAGACUCUUAAACAAUUGCGAAUGCAUGAACUACAAACAAAAAAAACUACAACACCCCCCAAAAUAUUCUUGUUUUUCCUUUUAGCUCAACAAAGCAAACUUGAAGUAAAAGACUGUAAUCUGUACCUCAGCAGUUUGGAGUGUGCAGGAAGUGCCACGCGAUCACCUCGGACCGCGGGACCCACGCACCUGCCAGAGGCAGACACUGAUAAACGAUUACCUAUCCCUGGGACAAGGAUGGUCCUUUAUCACAUGGUCACACUAGUCACCCCUGUGCAGUCGCACUCUCUUCUCUCUACCAAGCCAAGCCUCUUCCACCUCAACAGUGGAUUUCACUUAUUGAUCUUUUAUCAUUUAUGUUCAGAAGGUCAAGUCCAUUCAUUCUGCACCAUAACCAUAACACUGCAGUGCCUUUUAUUGGAAUGUGUCGAAUUUGCAUUUUCACCGGCCCAGCCCCUCUUGCAAAAUACCGUUGUAUAAAACAAUGACACAGUCAGACACAUAGUACUGUGGGAAAGGCUAAAAGUCAAGCGGCAAUCAAUGAUGUCUGACAGUGUCGUCAAGCUCAGUGAUUAGAACAUUUUGACUGCAUAUCAAGAGGUCACAAGUUCAAAUCCCCCAAUCGUACACAUCUUUGGAUGCGUACAAUGAAUCCAUUAUUAUUACAAUUAACAACUGCCACUAUAAUGACUAUCAUUAGUUUACAGUCAGCAGAGAGACCAGUCUUAGUUUACAUGGCAGGUUAUUGGCAGCGCUAGCUGUAACGUCACAUAAUGAGGCAAGUUGCGAGCGGAACAAAUGAUUUGUUGUGUAGCGCUCGUUAGUGUGCAUGUGUAAGGGGAGCGCUGAGGGCUCCAGCUCUGAUCGCGAGGCCUCAUUCAUUAACCGGAGCCUGGCUCACCCCAGUGACACGGGCGGCCUUCCUCCUGCUCGUAUGUCUCUGGCUGUGCUCCAGGAUGCUAGCCUAGCUUAGCCAAGCCCAGCCUACAUGCCUAGCCCAGCCUACAUGCCUAGCCCAGCGUCCAUGCCUAGCCCAGCGUCCAUGCCUAGCCUAGCCCAGCCCGGCCUACAUGUUUCAGCUAGCAGCUUGUUUUAGACAUGUCCGCCGCCGCGCUAGUCUGCCGCUGACAGAACGCCGCGUCGUAGCAUCCUCCAGGGACAACUAAAAGCCUUUCAUCUCCGUCUGCUCAAACUGGAUCCUGAAAGAAUCCGUCAAUCGAUUCCACUCGGGUCUGAAGGAGAAGCUAUUGUAAACCACUACAUUAGUACAAGAACGAUGGCCAGUAGCUUUCCUCGCUCACUCUCACUACGCCUCAAGGAAAGAAAAAUAGAUAAAAGGAUGAAAGGGAAAACUAGAUAUUGUGAUACUGAUGCUGUUCUAACCUCAAUGCUAAAUUCUACCCUUUCCUACCCUUGAGGAGUUAAGAUAAUAUGUCAGAGCAGCUUCCUAUCAAAAGAGGUUGACAAAUUAUAGUUUCUGAUCCCAUUUAUGAGGAAAGUAAACACUCAUAUACCAUGUAGUUCUUCUCCUAAGCAAGCCUGAUGUUGAUGUCUGUCACAGUGGGACCUGAAUGCUGAGGAGUUCCACUGAGGAUGGUGAAGUUCUGUGAUGGAUUGAUGCUGUCUGCGGCCCCCGGAAGACAUCGCAGCUUCGCAAGUAGAAUAAAUUACACAGCAGAGCCCUGUUGGUUUGACCUGAGCGAGGAAUGGCCAUCCCCAGGAGAGCUGGACGGCUACGGACUCAACUUCCAAACUGCUACUAUGAGGGGUACCUGGAGAAGAGGUCGUUUAAAGACAAGACAUCUCAGAAAUUGUGGACUUGUCUAUGUGAGAACACUCUAUUCUUCUUCAACACCAACAAAGAUAAUGAUUAUGUAGAUAAGCUUGCUCUCACCGACUUCAUCUCCCUAACGGAUGACUGCAAUCGGGAUAAAAACUUAGGGGCAGCAAGACUCAACCUUCACAUGAAGAACGAAAACUUUAAAUUAACUGCGCCUAGCCUUGAGGCCCGUGAGCUCUGGAAAGGCUACAUCUACUCUGUGGUCGAGCUGGCUGUGCCCUGCUCUCUCAACCUCCUGCCCGGACAGAUUUAUCUCCUGAGGGAAACGGUGGAGAGAGAGAGGGAGAGACUCCGCACCGCCUCCUCUCCCCCGUCACAGUCCAACCCCGACCUCUACGUCAGCCUGCUGUCAGAGAUGCCCUCGUGUUUCCAGCGCGUGUCUCGCUCCGAGGCGGAGAACAUUCUGGAGAAACACAGAGGAAAGGGCAACCUGUUGCUGCGCCCCAACCGUGACGGGGCCUCCUUCGCUGUCACCACCUACCAGGAUCUCAACGGGCCCGUGUUCAGGCACUACCGCGUCACCAAGAAACACGACGGCCACUUUGCCAUCGACAUUGACAACCCAAUCCCUUGUGCCACUUUACAUGAUGUCGUCAACUGUCUGGUGGACAAGACCAGUGGAGUUCUAACCCCUUUGAUUCUGGAGGCACCGUAUGAAGGGAGCAUCACGUUUGUUCAGUCUAAUGAAGAGAACGGAGAGAGAAGUCUCCACUGUGCCUCCAGCAGUCCCAUCCCUCCUGCCUUUACCUCCAACUCAGAGACUGAAUCUGCGUCUCCCCCUGCCCCUGACUCUCCCCCUGACUCUGCCCCUGCCUCACCCCCGGACUCGACCCUGACACUACCACCUAGACCAGGUCCAAGAGAUCAAAAUUAUUAUGAAGAAGAAGACGAGUCGGAAACAGGGGAGAGUUUGUACCUGAACAACCCACACGUGAAGGAGGAGGAGCCAGCACCGCCCUUUCCCCCCCGCUCCCGCCUGCCAAUUCUGAAGACACCAGUGCCGGUUCACAGUUCUCUGCCUGGAGACACGAGUAAGCGACUCCCGGCGAGGAAAGCUCUGAAGCCGCCAAGCAUGCACCCUGGUUCCCGCACUUCCACCCCUCUCUCGAGGCCUACCUUCGCCCCCACUCCCACCCCCAGAACUACCCCAUGGCCGUCCCUGUCGGCCCCCACCUCCAGGUCGCACUCCCUCCCAGACAUCCCAGAGGCCAGGUUAAGAACCCUCACUGCUGGGAGAUUAGGUCCACCCAUCCUACCAGGCUUGUCUGAGGAGCUGAGAGCCAAGCUGGAGAAGAGACGGGUGGUUGAAUAGCGCCCUCUCCUGGUGACUCCUGGAUAACAAGAUCCACGUCCUUCAGUCCCACUUCUUCCAAGUUCCUGCAUCGAAGCCUAUCAGGAAGACAUAAAGACAGACAUGUGACGUCCAGGAAGAAGGGCCAAGAGAGAGCCCGUCCUAAUCACUGGCAUCUGAUUGGAUCGUGGGAGUCUCGCAAAUCACGACAAAGCUUCGGACGGGGGAAAAAAGAGUCGUCUUCUCCCGGGCGCGCUUCUAGCUCUUUCCUCAGCGCCCAUGAGACUUGAAGUCGCUCCAGAACCCCUGCGGGAGCUCAACCUGUCAGCGCUGCCUCUUCAAAGAUUAACGCUUUAUUGAUUUCUCCUCGUCGGCAGCGCUCGUUGGCAACUCAAUUACAAAUUACCGGACGGUAAAUCUGUUUGUAGAUGUCACGAUUAGCACCUUGUCUGUUUGUUUUUUUGGGGGAACGUUUGCACAUUUAAAUCCCCCCAAAACUUUUGAUUUUAUAUCAUCGAAUGAAGUAUCAAAUAUUUGCUUUACAUAUCAGUGUUGUUUCUUAAUAUUUUUUCUUAUCAAAAUGUAUAGUUGUACGUGAUAUAUUUUUUGUUGUGACAGGAAAACACAAGACUGCCUUGCAGAUUUAUUUGCUUCGUGUGACAGAUACAUACUGUAGUGGAAAUAAAAAGAAACCUAUUUACAUUGUGAGAUAUUUUACACCACGUGUAAAAUAAAGUUAAAAAGUCUGAUCAGGAACAUUUUAAAGCAUUGCAGGUUAUAUCUAUCUAUAAGAUGCAUACAGUACCAGCCACGUGGCAACUUAAAACGCACAGAAGAGCACCCAAGCACUGAAUUCAGACACUACUGUAUGUGACACGAUUAGGGACUAGUGAUAACAUUGAUAAACAAAUGCUCUUCUGUGAUGUUACCUUUCAUUAUGGUCUUUCACGACCGUUCCAUUUUCUCUAGUCGAUUCAGAGAGCAACUAAAGUCUCUUUUCAGGAAAGCAAACCGUUACAUUAGGUGAGCAAACACACACACACACACACACGUGGUAGUACAUGGUAAACCUACAGACUCCUCGCCCACACUUCCUCUUCCAUACUUUGUAACAUGAACGUUACAAGCUAUAAUACUUCUACGACUGAUGUGUGUCUGUUGUAUUCCUCUCUGGUCCAUACAGCUGCUGGUUAGCAAUGUCGGUGUCAGUACAUUCCUUAUGUAACAACUAGUCAUUUAUGUAAAGACUAUCAACUGGUCGUUAUGAGGGUUAUACAAUUCAGUUGGCUUCUUAGAAAGCAAUUAGAUACAGUAGCUGAGUAUUUCCAAACAUUCAAUCUGUGAAGAUGACUACAGUGUUACUCUGUACAAUACAGACAAAUGAACGUAACCGCUAGACUUGUAACGCAAACAAAUAAAUAAAACGAGUAACCAUCA